AGCGGCCGGAGCCGGGCCGGACCGACGCCUGCGAGCCCGCAUCCCUCCGCACCCACAGCUUUCCGGGCUGGCAGGCGGAUAGUAGCGGCUGAGUAAGUUUUUAAAAUGAAGAAGUUUAAUUUCCGAAAAGUUUUGGAUGGCUUAACUGCCUCCUCCCCUGGCAGUAGUAGCAGCAGUGGCAGUAACAGUGGUGGCGGGGCUGGAAGUGGUUCCAUGCAUCCAGGAGGGACUGCAGGGGUUCUCAGAGAGGAGAUUCAGGAAACCUUGACUUCAGACUAUUUCCAGAUUUGUAAGACAGUUCGGCAUGGUUUUCCUUAUCAGCCCACAGCAUUAGCCUUUGAUCCAGUUCAGAAAAUCUUGGCUAUUGGGACAAGAACUGGUGCUAUACGAAUACUUGGGAGACCUGGCGUUGAUUGUUAUUGUCAACAUGAAAGUGGUGCAGCUGUUCUGCAGCUCCAAUUCUUGAUCAAUGAGGGUGCUUUGGUCAGUGCAGGUUCAGAUGAUACACUUCAUUUGUGGAACCUUAGACAAAAAAGGCCAGCAGUUCUUCAUUCUCUUAAAUUUAACAGAGAACGAAUUACUUACUGUCAUCUACCUUUCCAGAGUAAAUGGCUCUAUGUUGGAACAGAAAGAGGAAAUACACAUAUUGUAAAUAUUGAAUCUUUCAUUCUUUCUGGAUAUGUUAUCAUGUGGAACAAGGCAAUUGAACUAUCCACAAAGACUCAUCCAGGUCCAGUUGUACAUUUAAGUGAUAGCCCAAGAGAUGAAGGGAAACUGCUAAUAGGUUAUGAAAAUGGUACUGUAGUAUUCUGGGACUUGAAAUCUAAAAGAGCAGAACUGAGAGUUUAUUAUGAUGAGGCUAUUCAUUCAAUUGAUUGGCAUCAUGAGGGCAAACAAUUCAUGUGCAGCCAUUCAGAUGGUAGCUUGACUUUAUGGAACCUGAAAAGCCCAAGUCGUCCUUUCCAGACCACAAUUCCACAUGGAAAAACUCAAAGAGAAGGAAGAAAAUCUGAAUCUUGCAAACCAAUUCUUAAAGUAGAAUACAAAACCUGUAGAAACAGUGAACCAUUCAUAAUAUUUUCUGGUGGGCUGUCCUAUGACAAAGCUUGCAGAAGACCAAGUUUAACCAUCAUGCAUGGAAAAGCAAUUACAGUGCUUGAAAUGGAUCAUCCUAUUGUUGAAUUUCUAACUUUAUGUGAAACACCCUAUCCAAAUGAAUUUCAAGAACCCUAUGCCGUUGCUGUACUUCUGGAGAAAGAUCUCAUUGUAGUUGAUCUGACACAAAGCAACUUUCCUAUCUUUGAAAAUCCAUAUCCCAUGGACAUUCAUGAAUCACCAGUUACGUGCACAGCAUACUUUGCUGAUUGCCCACCAGAUUUGAUUCUAGUGCUCUACUCUAUAGGAGUCAAGCAUAAAAAACAAGGAUACAGUAAUAAGGAGUGGCCAAUCAGUGGAGGAGCUUGGAACCUUGGCACACAGACAUAUCCAGAAAUUAUUAUUACUGGUCAUGCAGAUGGAUCGAUAAAGUUUUGGGAUGCUUCUGCAAUAACACUGCAGAUGCUGUACAAGCUAAAAACUUCAAAAGUGUUUGAAAAACAGAAGGUAGGAGAAGGAAAACAAACAUGUGAAAUUGUAGAGGAAGAUCCAUAUGCCAUUCAGAUGAUCCACUGGUGUCCAGAGAGCAGAAUAUUCUGUGUAUCAGGAGUCUCUGCAUAUGUCAUAAUUUAUAAAUUCAGCAGACAUGAAAUUACAACAGAAAUAGUGUCAUUAGAGGUACGACUUCAGUGUGAUAUUGAAGAUAUUAUUACGCCAGAACCAGACACAAGUCCUCCAUUUCCUGAUCUCUCAUCCCAGCUUCCUUCUUCAAGGAGUCUUUCUGGGAGCACUAACACUGUGGCUAGUGAAGGAGUAACGAAGGAUAGUAUCCCAUGCCUCAAUGUUAAGACACGACCAGUGCGGAUGCCUCCAGGGUAUCAAGCAGAACUUGUUAUUCAGUUGGUCUGGGUGGAUGGUGAACCUCCACAACAGAUUACUAGCCUUGCUGUAAGCUCGGCAUAUGGAAUAGUUGCAUUUGGGAACUGCAGUGGGUUGGCUGUGGUGGAUUUUAUACAGAAGACAGUACUGUUAAGCAUGGGGACCAUUGACCUAUAUAGAUCAAGUGACCUGUACCAACGACAACCACGGUCUCCUCGAAAAAACAAGCAGUUCGUUGCAGGUUUAACUGAGCUGAAUGACAGUCCAGUUCCCCUGGAACUUGAGCGUUGCAAGUCUCCCACUUCAGGACUUGCUACCAGAACUCCCGAGGCAGCACCAGGCUUUUAUAGGAAUGAAAUACCAGCUGUGAGACAGAGGAAUCAAGUACAUCACUUGCCAGAUCAUGUAAAUGGACACUGCACAAGUCCAACUUCUCAGAGUUGCAGUUCUGGAAAACGUCUUUCCAGUGCUGAUGUUUCAAAAGUAAAUCGCUGGGGUCCUGGAAGACCACCAUUUCGAAAAGCACAGUCAGCUGCUUGCAUGGAGAUUUCUUUGCCAGUUACAACAGAAGAAAGUCGAGAAAAUUCCUAUAAUCGCUCGAGAAGUUCUAGCAUCUCCAGUAUUGACAAAGAUUCUAAAGAAGCGAUUACAGCACUAUACUUCAUGGAGUCCUUUGUUCGGAAAAAUGACUGUACUAUCUCCCCUUGUUUGUUUGUUGGAACUAGUCUGGGAAUGGUGUUAAUCAUCUCCCUAAACCUACCUUCAGCAGAUGAACAAAGAUUUACAGAGCCAGUCAUGGUAUUGCCAAGUGGUACAUUCCUCUCAUUGAAAGGAGCUGUCCUAACAUUCUCCUGUAUGGACCGAACUGGCAGAUUAAUGCAACCACCAUAUGAAGUCUGGAGGGAUCCAAACAACAUAGAUGAAAAUGAGAAAUCUUGGAGAAGAAAGCUGGUCAUGAACUGCCCCUCUCCAUCCCAAGAAAUAGGAGAUCAUCAGUAUACAAUAAUCUGCUCAGAAAAACAAGCCAAAGUCUUCUCACUGCCUUCUCAGACUUGCCUCUAUGUUCACAACAUCACCGAGACAUCUUUUAUACUGCAAGCAGAUGUGGUGGUCAUGUGUAACAGUGCCUGCUUGGCAUGCUUUUGUGCCAAUGGGCAUAUCAUGAUAAUGAGCCUACCUAGUCUUCGCCCAAUGUUGGAUGUUAAUUAUUUGCCACUGACAGACAUGAGGAUAGCACGGACGUUUUGUUUUACCAAUGAAGGACAGGCAUUAUACCUUGUCUCUCCUACUGAAAUUCAGCGGUUAACAUACAGCCAAGAGAUGUGUGAUAAUCUACAGGACAUGCUAGGAGAUUUGUUUACUCCCAUAGAGACACCAGAAGCUCAAAACAGAGGCUUUCUCAAAGGACUGUUUGGUGGAAGUGGACAAACAUUUGACAGAGAAGAGCUCUUUGGGGAAGCUUCAGCAGGAAAAGCAUCACGCAGCCUCGCACAGCACAUUCCUGGACCAGGUGGUAUAGAAGGGAUGAAAGGUGCUGCCGGAGGGGUGAUGGGAGAGCUGACUCGUGCACGGAUCGCACUUGAUGAGAGAGGACAGAGGCUGGGAGAGCUGGAAGAGAAAACUGCAGGCAUGAUGACCAGUGCAGAAGCAUUUUCCAAACAUGCACAUGAGUUAAUGCUGAAAUAUAAGGAUAAGAAAUGGUACCAAUUCUAAACUUCUAAAGAAGCUAUGACUGCUUUGAGAAACCAUUAUUCAGGGAAACCAUAUUUAUUCCCGGCAUCACUAUUCAACUGCUAGAAGACAGUUUCUUCCACAAAAUGUUCCAUUACAGUCCAUCUGAAGUUAUCAUAAGGGAGACUUAUCAGAGACACUGUACAACCCAAAGGCUGGAACCCUGGUUAAAACCCCAAGAUAUGGCUGAAUUUGCCUCUUCCCACGUGGAAUGGAGCUAUCAUCUUGGCAUGUCGUUUGCUAAGGAUUUACAUUUAGGAACUACGGGGAGUCCUGAUUUGAAAAAAUCCUGUACAAACAAAAACCAUUAAUGCACUUAAUGAAAAAAAAUUUUGCAUGAUAAAUUAACAUCUUAAGAGGAAAAGAAAAAAAAAGCAU